UUUCUGAACGGAAAGUGACGUCUUAAAACAGACAGUGGGUGGAGAAAAACAACCGCUUCCGUGUUGAUCUCAGCCGAUAAAUAACAACUGUAGGAUUACACAAACUGGGGAGAAUAAUAUAAUGGUUUUAUAAACCAUUACGAGAGAAUAGAAUCACUCAUCAAAAUGUCGUCGGCACAAGGUACAAAGAAAAGGGACAAGCGAAUUUUUUCAGGUAUUUGUCCAGAUUUCAAAUGCCAGGCGAGACUGUUCUUCCCUGCUUAUAGCUUAGUUAGCAUUGAAUGCACGGAAUGUGGCCAACGUCACGAACAGAAGAAUCUUUUAAAUGUGGAAGAAGUAACCGACCCAGAUGUUGUGCUUCAUAAUUUACUGAGAAACGCCUUGCUCGAUGUUACGGGAGCGCCGAAGAAAAGCACAGAGCUGGUCAAAGUGAUGGGUCUGUCCAACUACCACUGCAAGUUGCUGUCACCGAUUCUUACCCGUUACGGGAUGGACAAACAGACGGGGAAAGCAAAGCUACUACGGGAGAUGAAUCAAGGUGAGCUCUUUGACUGCUCGCUGCUAGGUGGCAGAGCUUUUCUUAUUGAACAGGAGCACGUAUCUACAGUUGGCUAUGGCAAGGACAGAUCUGGCAGUCUCAUAUACCUCCAUGAUACAUUGGAGGAGCUCAAGAAAGCUAACAACAACAAAGAAUGUCUUAUUCCUGUACAUGUGGAUGGAGAUGGCCAUUGCCUAGUUCAUGCUGUGUCCAGAGCGUUAGUGGGUCGUGAGCUUUUUUGGCAUGCACUAAGAGAGAACCUCAAGUUCAGUUUCAAACAAAAUCUGGAUCGCUAUAAGGCUCUAUUCCAAGAUUUUAUUGACACCGCAGAAUGGGAGGACAUCAUCAGUGAGUGUGACCCUUUGUUUGUGCCUCCAGAGGGUGUCCCACUUGGAUUAAGGAACAUACAUAUUUUUGGCUUAGCCAAUGUCCUGCACCGUCCCAUAAUCCUGCUAGACUCUCUGAGUGGCAUGAGGAGCUCGGGUGACUACUCGGCUACGUUUCUGCCAGGCUUGGUGCCUGAGGAGCAAUGCAGAGGAAAGGAUGGCUCUCUCAACAAGCCUAUCUGCAUUGCCUGGAGCAGUUCAGGCAGGAAUCAUUAUCUCCCACUAGUGGGUAUUAAAGGAAUGCCACUUCCAAAGCUGCCUGCAGCACUGAUCCCCAAGGCUUGGGGAGUUCCACAGGAGCUUAUCUGUAGGUAUGUCAGUCUGGAAGUCUGUGGAGGCUGUGUUAUCGGGGGAGAUCGAAGCCUGCAGGAGAAAUACCUGCUCCGUUUAGUCAGUGCUAUGGAGGAUGUUUUUAUAGAGAAACAUGGCAUCCAUCCUGCUCUGGUGGCUGAUGUUCAUCAGUAUGUUUACCGCCGAACAGGAGUGAUUGGCAUUCAGCCUGAAGAGGUGACAGAGGCAGCAAAAAAAUUGGUGCAGGAGAAUCGUUUGCACCGCUGUCUGAUGUGCAAUGCACUAUCUGAACUCCAUGUUCCCCCUGAGUGGUUAGAGCCUGGUGGAAAACUGUACAACCUUGCUAAGUCUACUCACGGCACUCUCCGGGGAGACAAGAACUACACCUUCCCAUUGAAUAAUGUGGUAUGUUCCUACUGCCCUGAAAGGGAUGCACUGGUUCCUGACUACAAACUCAGUUCACUGUCCACAUGUACCUGGUGCCACAGAAACACUGCACGGCAUGUUCGUGAUGAUGGAUCUAUAGUGUACCUGGAUGGGGACCGUACCAGCACACGCUCACAGGGUGGUAAGUGUGGUUGUGGCUUUAAACAUUUCUGGGAUGGAAAGGAGUAUGACAACUUGCCAGAGGCAUUCCCUAUUACCCUUGAGUGGGGUGGCCGUGUAGUCCGCGAGACCGUCUAUUGGUUCCAGUAUGAAUUAGAUCCAGCACUGAACAGCAAUGUCUACAAUGUGGCAAUGCGCCUUGUCACCAAGCACUUCCCAGGAGAGUUUGGCAGUGAGAUUCUAGUGCAGAAGGUGGUGAACACUGUUCUGCACCAUACAGCAAAGAAGAACCCAGAGGAGUACCACCCAGUGACCAUAGAGGCUGCUCAUAUGCAGGGCCAAUGGCAAGGGGUUGGGCAAGUGGUGGAGUGGGAUGCAAACGCUCCCCAAAAGAUUAUAUUGACGGGUCAGAAGGGCCGCACGUUACAUAAAGAGGAACUGGUGAUGAGCCAAACAGAGAGGAGUCUGCAACAUAAGAUUAGUGAGCAGGCAGCUCUGUCCCAACGCAGACGCACGCAACGGCAGCAGAUGCAAGACCAGAGUGCAGAGCCUCGCUCUGCCUCACCUGCCCCCUUCUCCUCAGCUCCACCCACACCCACCAAAGGUCUGACCCCUAGUGGGCAGAAGAAGAUCCGGGUGACAACCAGCGAUGGGCGGCAGGCGACACUGCAGCUGCAAGCCCAUAAUACCUAUGCAGAGCUUCAGGAAGCCAUCACCCAAGCCUUCAACCUACAGCCCCACCAACAAUGUAUCCGGCAUGGCUUUCCUCCUCGGGAACUGCCCCCACCACCCCCCGAGCAUCAGGACCUGCCUGUGGCCCUGCAGCACGGAGACCGCAUCACUGUGGAAGUACUCCAGGAGAGUGUCCCAGACACGCAAAUAAAUACUCAUUUCCCGAUGGAACCUCGGCUCAGCAGAACCAGCAGCCGAGAUAUACAGGACAGUGUUGAUCUGGAGAUGUCAUCGCUCUGUCUUCUUGCAACACUUAUGGGUGAGGAUGUGUGGUCGUAUGCUAAGAAGUUACCUCAUCUCUUUCAGCAAGGAGGGGUCUUCUAUAACAUUGUAAAGAAAGAUAUGGGUCUGUUUGAUGGGAAGCACUGCACUCUGCCCCACCUGACUGGUAAGACAUUUGUGUUUAACGCAGCAGAGGAGCGUUUGGAGCUGUGUGUGGAUGCUGCUGGCCACUUCCCGGUCGGCCCUAAUGUGGAAGAAAUUAUCCAAGAAGCACUGUCCCAACUGUGUUCUGAGGCUCCCGCUCGCAACCCUGAGGGAAGCCCCAUUCAUGGCCUAAAACUCGGCAGUGGAGGGGUGGUGCGCAAGAAGGAGCAGACUGUUACUGCUUUCCAAGGCAAAGGUCACUCACUGGGCUCCACCUCACAUGAGCACCAGCCAAUCAGGGGGGAGCACAGCAAUGGAGUGGACAUGAGUGGUAGUGUACAGGGGGAGGGGCUAGCACGGUCAAGGGAAGAGCUGGUACGUGUGGCUCCAGGCAUGCUCACUAUGCGUGAAGGGUGUCGAGAAGUAGAAUUAGAGCCCACAGCUAUUGAGGCUCAGCGGCGCCGCCUACAGGAAAUGGUGUCAAAUAUACAGGCCUCUAUGGACAAACACUUACGGCAGCAGACAACACCUAGUACCAUUACUAAGCAGGAUGAGAAGGAGGAUGGUCUAGAUGAGCAAGACGAGAUAAAGAGCCAGGGGGCAGAGUCUCCAAGCAUCUCUGAGCCCAUGGACCAGUCCUUAUGAUGUGCUCUUUCACAGACACACUUGCACACAUUUACUCACACAGUGAUCCUAUUAACCCAUAACUAUAUGUGUGGUUCUCAAAUGCAUUCCUCAGUAACCGUUAUAAAGAGGUUGGAGUUGAGCAAAAGUGCAGGUAAAAAUGUGCUUUUUCCCAUAUAUUGCAGCACACGCACUUAACACUCAUGCUUUACAAAAACACUUAAGUCAGGAGUACACAGUAAGGCUGAAAGGUUGUAUGUACUGACUGUGUGUAGAACCAAGUGCAUCUGAUGUUCAAUACACAAAGCCUUCUGUAGCAGUUUCUACUCAUGAAUCAGCUACAAAAUGCAUCUACCCAGUCUGUUAUAGAUAGUGGGGUGUUUUUGUUAGUUUGUUGUGAAAACAGACUCCUAAUUGUCUUAAUGUAGUCCAGCUGCAUCAUUCAAAGAUAAUGCAGUGCUGAUCAGAUUUUUCAACUGGCUAUGUGUGUUUUGCACAGUGAUACUAUUGGUAGGAUAUGAUCUAUACAUCUAUGGACUGUGUUAUUUUCUUCUUCAGAUUAAGCCAUGUGUGGAUUAAAUGAAAGUUGUCAGUAUGAACUCUGCACUGGAUAGCACCACUUACCUGUCUUUGUGACCAGGUUAGAACUGCCAGCUCUUGGUAUUCAAAAGUCACAAUGAUAGAAAAAUGUUAGGAAUUAUAAAUGGAAGGCAUUUCUGUUAAUUUUGGCACACAAUGCUAUGCUUAUCAUGCUGCUGUGAGAUUAAGUUUGAUUUAAAAUGUUAAUGUGUCCCAGAGAAUCUAAUCCUCUGAAAACACUAAAGAUUGAAGAAGUGCUUUAGGAUUGACUUGAGACUGGUAAUGUUUGUACAGUAUAUUGCAUCAUUACUAAAGCUUUUAAAUUUCCAUUUGGAGUACAGACGAGUGGCAACAGAGACUUACUAAGAUACAGGUGUUUUGCUUUGGCUACUGAUUCUUGUAGUUAAGCUGAUUGUAAGUAAUUUCUGAAUGGCCUGUUUCUGGUGUGAUUUCUGUCCUUCACGGGGGUGCUGGUGCGUUCUUGUAUGAUUAGUUAAACCUAAUCAUUAAAAAAAAUAAUAAAAUUGAGGUGUAUUUCAUUUCUCCAUGUUGAAAAAAAGGUGUGCACUCUAUGGAUCUACCUUGUCUGGCAGGGAGAUAGGAAAACAAGCUGGCUGGGAUGACCUGGACAGAGCUCUAUUCCUUUGAUUAAGAUGGGUCUAGUGGAGAGGAAGGUUGUAUUUACAUUUGCUAGUGGUGGCCUUGUACAUGUGCCAUUGUCCAUGCACAUCCACACAGCCUUAAUGGUCACUAAGGUUUACCUACAACCCUCAGUAUACAUUCUUAAUGACACUUUUCUUCUUCCACCACAAUCAGAUUUUUUUUAAAUUAUCUUGUAUAAUUUCCUUCUAAAUGUUUUGAUUACAUAUCAGCUAAAGGUAGCUCAGACAACUCUCCCAAUCAUUUAUCUGUAAAUUUAUUCCCCAGUUCUCUGUAAAAUGCAAUUUUGCAAAGCUUUUUUUUUUUUAAUAUACAUGCAAGGCUGUUUCAUUCCUUUUUAACCCUUCUUCCAAGUGAGUGUCAUUCAUGUAAUUAAAACUUCAGUGCAGUGGGAUGAGCAUAUUGCAGAAUGGAGUCUAGCCUUGAAUGUGGAUUCAGGUAUAGGCAUUUCCAGUUUGAUGAGCAAGUCGCCUGAGAUUAUUUUUUCUUUUGAAGAACUAGAAGUAGAAAUUUCUCAUGAGCUAAGUAGCUCAUUAUUUAUUGCUAUUGUUUGAUAGGUUUUGACUCCAUACAGAGUUGUCAUAAUAGGAAGAAUAAUUCAUUAUAUUUCUCUGUUGGAUCUUGCGAGACAGAGAAGAAUGUUUAUAAGCACUAUUCCUGAAGAUUAGUAAUAAUAUGGCCAAAGUUAAAAUUCUAAAGAGAUUGGUUAUUUUCAAUCUGCACAAGUGAUCUUAUUGAUGAGGUGAUGGCCUGUAAUAUAUAGAAUAUAUAUUGUACUUUAUCCUGUACAUAGUUUUUGUUCUUUUGAUUUGUUUCUUCUGUUUGCAAACAAAGUGGUCUGAAGAUCCCACACAGCUAUAGAAUUUGAAGUUUGCAUGUGCAAUAAAUUUUUGGGCUAACAACAAAAUAAAGUUACUGCCUCAUUGCAA